UGUGUUGACCGCAGAAGAAGAAGAAGUGCACUACACUGGAAUUUACUUGUUGAAUGACAGAAGAGGAAACAUUUCGGGAGUUUCAUCAUCGGGAACAGCCAUUGUUUCUUUUCGGCGUCGAGUUGCAGCGGGUUUCAACGUCGGAUCGUAAACUUCUCUCGGAAAAAUGCGGGACCGAACAAAAGAACUGGGAAGCAAUGCCGACGCUUCAGAGGACGACGACGAAAGCAAAGCUCUGAUGACCAAACCUGGAACAUCUUCAGCGAAAGAUGACAAGGACAAUGAGGCUUUCUUCAGAAAGGUGCAAGAUAUUCACGAGUGCCUGCACGCACUCAAGAGGAUGGUCACGGAAUUGGAGAACAAGCAGAAAACCGUGCUGGGCGUGGCGCUGCCAGAAGAGAGUAUGAAGAAAGAGCUCCAAACUCUUCGAGACGAGAUCAAAACGUUGGCGGGUCAGAUCCAGAAGAAGCUGAAGAGUAUCGAGCCUAAAAAGGGAGACGACGAUGGAAAAUAUAUUCCAAUCAACAUUCGGAUGCAGCGCACUCAGCACGGCGUUCUGUCCAAGGAGUUUGUGGAGCUGAUGGGCCACUGCAACACCAUCCAGUCCCAGUACAGAGACCGGAACGUGGAGCGAAUACAGCGCCAGCUGAAGAUUACUGGCGCCAACGUGACCGAUGAGGAGCUGGACUCGAUGCUCGAAAGCGGCCAGACAGAUGUUUUCACUCAGAAUAUCCUUAUCGAUGCUCAGGCCACGAAGCAGGCCCUGAAUGAGAUCGAGUCCAGACACGAUGAGAUCCUCAAGCUGGAGAGGAGCAUCAGAGAGCUGCACGACAUGUUCCAGUACCUCGCCAUGGAGGUGGAGGCCCAGGGGGAAAUGGUGAACAGGAUUGAAAACAACAUCAACCAGUCUUCGAACUACGUGGAGAAAGCGAAGGCCAACCUAGAGCAAGCCGUCACGUAUCAGAGCAGCGCCCGCAAGAAAAAGAUCUGGAUUGCCAUCUGUUUGGCCAUCCUCCUCCUCAUCAUAGUCAUCGCAGUGGUCUCCUCUUUCGCGUAGUGACACCUGGCUCAAGCACAUUGUGUAAAUGCAUCGAUUCAUCAAGCCCACAAGGAAGCACGGGCGAAUUUAGUCUGCGUGUCCACACCUUCCUCCUGUAUCCUCUUCACGUCCUCGUCUUCCUCUUAACACAGCUGCCCAUCCUCAUUUACGUUCCGAGGGGAGACGCGCUCGACCAUCAAUCUCGCCUGCGGUUUCGUGCUGCGGGUUUUUGUCGGUUUCUUUUUCCACGACUCUGAGGCCGCCUUCACUGUUACUUCGGCUGCACCUCCUUCUUGCAGAAGGGAAAACAAAAAGAGGAACUAUAAGUGACCUUGAGCAAGGCACGCUGCAGUAUUUAAGCCCCGACACUGAUUAUGCUGUUCUCAGGAAAAACUGUUGAUUCUUGUUACGCCUCUUGCAUGAAAUUAGAGACCUUAAAACAUUCUUUUAUAGCCUUACAGAAGAGACUAAUAUAAUUGUACAUAAUGUAAUGUUGCAGAUUUACAUUUGUUUUUCUUUUUGUCUAGUUUUUUAACUCUAUCAAACCGCUUUCGUGUAACGAGUGUAAAUAGGUUUUUUCGGUCCCUGGUGUAAGAAGCUGCCUUAUAAAGACGUAACACUUUAGUCUGAGAAGCUUGUAUAAAUGAUUGGAACGUUGUGCAAGCUUCGGCGACAAAUACAAAUGAGGAAAAUCUUUAAAACCGUGCCUUCUCCUUUAUAUAGGGCUGGGAACAUUAUGUUAUGCACUAACGCUGUUAAGAAGGGAUGGAGUUGAGUUUUUAAACCACCUUUUGUUUUAAUUCAGUCUUUGCAUCACAGCUGUACUCCUGCUUAAACUGGUUACUUUUUUCCCUUCAGUUUGUCGCAUCGUGAUGACUCUGUCCUUGGCAUGAGCCGGAAUCAAAACCCACUGCAUCUAUAAAAAUAUAUCAUGAACUAAUUGCUCCCUAUUGUUUUAUGACUGGAAAGAUAUAUUAAAAAAAAAAAAAAA